GCAGCGCUGCGCAGCGUAGCGCAGCGCAGCUCCCCGCCAUGCAGACGCGCACAGUGGCUGGUCUCCAACACGCAGUGAGCACCUCCUGUUCUGCCUGCUGCUGGCUUCGCUGUCGUCUGUGAACACCGCGGCUCCUUCAGACCUGCACCUAUUUACAAGAAAGCAAAGCAGCCUGUUUUCAGACGGUUUUCUUGUUUUUUAUGAACGCUCAAGGACUCGGAGUUUAUGUUGUGAAUUUAUUACGCGUCUUCAUCCCUCGGUCUCAAGUUGAAGCGAGCAUGACAAUGGUGCAUAGCGGGGUGACAGCAGCAUAAUGCGUUUUCGGGUUUUUUCUUGACUUUAUGGAAUGGGUUCUUUGCCAGAGCAGUCAAAGAAGACUUCAGUCGCUCAUUUUUUACAUGCUCGACUUAAAUAAAUAUAAGUCCAUAGUUAAAUAUCCAUGUCUGUGUGCUGCUAAACCUCAAGUGCCUCGUCCAGUCCACCUUUCAGCUGCAGAGCAUCUCUAAUUGGAGCGUCUUUAAUUGAUGGAGAUCAUCCACAGUGAGCUCUGACCACGCCGUCCAACAGAACCCAAGCUGUAACAGGACGCUGCCGCUCGUAUUGGAUGCUAUUGUCUUUCUUCUCCUCGCCUACGGCGCGUCUAACCCGGUUCAAGGAUCCCUCUCUCUCGUUUUUUUGGUAACAAUGCCGGUGAACGCGCUGCCCCGAGGCGGCAGCAGCGGGAUCAGCGGCCCUGGAUCCCUGAGCCCCGUUUCCUUGUCCCGCAGCUUGACCCGGCUGAGGGAGUACCGCACACGGACGAGGAUCAUGCUGGCUCUGGGAGUCUCUCAGAUGGUCCUGGGGAGUCUCAUCCUGGCGGUCAGCUUUGCGGCUCUGGCGCUCACCACAUCGCCCAGAGUGCGGCACUCAUGUCCAUUCUGGGCAGGUUUUUCUGUUCUGCUCUCUGGACUCAUUGGAGUGGUGUCAUGGAAGAGGCCGCUCUCUCUUGUGAUCACAUUCUUCAUGCUGCUGUCUGCAGUGUGUGUAAUGCUUAACCUGGCGGGCUCCAUUCUCUCCUGCCAGAACGCUCAGCUCGUCAACUCCCUGGAGGAGUGUAAGCUGGUACCGUUUGACAACGACGGAGUGUGUGUCUGCUGCGAGCAACAGAAGCAGACCACCGGCUGCAACAACCAAGUAGAGACUCUGAAACUGAACCCCCUGCGGGACUGCAACACCAUCCGCCUUCGUCUCAAGGAGCUGCUGUUCAGCGUCUGUGCCCUUAACGUCAUCUCCACCAUUGUCUGCGCUCUUGCCACCGCGAUGUGCUGCAUGCAGAUGGUGUCAACUGAUGUACUGCAGAUGUUCAUGCCGCACCGAGCCCGAGCCUUAAAUGCUGACUGUAUGACCCCACAUGGAACCAUCCUCCACCAGACGCUGGACUUUGAUGAGUUCAUCCCUCCCAUCCCUCCACCACCUUACUACCCUCCAGAGUACACUUGCACGCCCUCAAUGGAUGGACAAAGAGGCCUGCAUCUAGACUUUCCACACUCCCCCUUCAGCGCCAUCUAUGGGGUGCCAAUAAACAGCCCAGGAACCCUUUAUCCAACUGACCUGCCCCCUCCUUACGAGUCUGUGGUGGGUCAGACACCUGCCAGCCAGGUCACCACGAGUAUAGAGCAACAAGCCACUGAGUCCAGUCUGUGUGACAGAAACACCACAGCAGGAUUCAGCACACAGGCCUCAGUUGACAGUGCGUCGCUGAUGGUGUCAGAGAUGGCUGACCAGGACCAGACCUGCUCCUCAGAGGACUUGUGCUCCCUGGAGGUCCAGGGCUCUGACUCAUCUCCGUUUGGCACGCUGCAGACUGCCCCCACUGAAGGAAGCUGCACCAGCCUUGAACUCUGCACGCGUAUCUCUUCCCGUCGCCAUCGUGACAUGCCUAACACCGAUGCACGCCCUAGUGACACAGGAUACAGUGAGUCCUCACACACCCAGGACUCACUGGAACGUUCACCGGAUUGGUCCUCAGAAAACUUUAGCAACCUGGACCAGGAGGAUUCUGCUGAGAACACACAUCCAUGUGAGGAACUCAGGGCUGCAAUGCACAUUUGUGACGAGCUGGCCUCAGCCAAACAUUUACCAGAGGAGCCACCAAAAGCCCAGACACAUUCCUUAAUCAAAGCGAGAAUGAUGAGCAGGAAGCUCACGUUACCUGUAACUAUCCCCCCACCGCCGCAGCCUUGCUCCCCCACCUCCGUGGCUUCGUCUGGGGGAACUUCAGCCAUCAGCCCUUUGGCUCCUUCACCUUCUCCUUCUCCUCCUAUCAGGCAACGAGGCCCCAGGCUGUGUUUUAGCGUUUGGUCUCCCUCCGCCACGUCACAGCCCCCCUCUACCUCAGGCCAGAGUGGCCAGUCACCCUCAGAGAGGCCUCGGGCGCACAGAGCAGCCAGGAGGUACCGCAAACUGGCAAGAAUUGUCCGUUCCACCAGUGACCCUAUAUCCUGCUCCACCACAACAGGAAGGCAAAACUGUGGCUACACCAAUGGAAAUAACCCAGCUGCUGCAGGUUCAGCCCGCACUUCUCCAGAACAGGAGCCAAGAGAUGUUUCGGCAGAAGUAGUCGGAGCGAAACCUGUCACAAAGCAGCAGCAGAAGGAGGGCAGGAAAGUUGACAUACACCUUAAACCUCGAUCCCUUCACACACACCCCUCCCACGAGCGUCCACACUCGCUGGCUGACCUUAAGAUGUACAAAGACACAAAAAUAUUAGUGGCCAAAUUUCUGGAGCACUCCAGCAGCAGUAGUCUACCUCCAGAAGUCCAGCAGGUUGUCAACAACAUCAAAUGCGUGAUCAAGUCGGACGAGAAACACAUGGAAGAGGCCAUCUUCAGUGCCAGCGUCAUAGAUCAGGUAAUGACCCAGCGCAUCAUCGGCAGUCCCAGGAAACGGGAUCAUGAGGAUAUCCAUCUCCAGAGCUGCGGUGCUUUGAGUUCCUCCCCGUCCCCCUCUAUGUGCCGUUCCAAACAUCACCCACAGAAAACCAGCUCCACAACUGACCCACAGGGCUCCCCCUCCACUGAACAAAGCCUUGAGUGCAGAGAAACUAUUCUCUGACCACUUGGGUCAAGACUCUGAGGGCAUUCUGGUGUGCUGAUGUUGCUGCCCUGUGCAGCAGAUGACUGCAGAGUAAAUAAUACCUCUCCAGACGUUAUGGGAUCAAUGUUUGCUCAGUGUGGCUGUGGUACAAAGUGUCUGAAAUGCUCCCAUACUGCUAGCAGUGCCCUGCGAGACCGUUAUAAGUCAUCAGCAAAAUUGGUAGCAAACUCCGUCAGAGUCUGCCAGUGUCUGUAGUGGCUUCUUUCUCAUCCGAAACAAACAAAAGAAUGUUUUUCUCCCUCAGGGGACCUUUUCUACUGAAUUUCAUCUCCAUAUGAAAAGAAACUAAUAACCCAACGGGUAAGCCUGAAUAUGCGACGGAGAUGGAGAGACAUCUCUGUUGUCUGUAUUCCUCUUGUCCUCAUGAAAAACAAAGAUAAAUAUGUUUGUAUUAAACUGUGAACUGAAAUGAUGGGAUGGGCACUGCUGGCCAUUGUUUGCUGACUUGUGGAAAUGUUCCUGAUAAGGUGGUAAAUAUUUUGUGGUUCAAAAACAUCACAAAUGUGGAUUAUUUAACUUACCUCAUUGUGUUACAAUUCUUAUAAGUGUUACAAUAAAAUAUCCAUUUUUAGUUUUGA